AAUCAACUAAAAAAAGCAGCAUGGAGGAGGACAGAGAGAGGAGAGAGGGGAGUUAAAUGAGGAGAUAAUUUAGGUUGAAUACAGUUUCUUGACAUCUUUGGAACUAAAAGAAAACAGUGACAUAUAUAUAUAUAUAUAUAUAUAUAAAUUAUAUAUAAAAGUACACUGAGCAGCAAAAGGAGCCAAGAACUGGCUGGAUUCAAUAAACUGGCUUGGACAAUAAGGCACUGCUGGAGGUGUGCUGAUCCCUGGAGCAGGGACAAUGGUGAAUCCCGGAGGCAGCAGCCAGCCACCACCGGUGGGCACAGGUUCUCUGUCCUGGAAGCGGUGCGCAGGGUGCGGGGGCAAAAUCGCGGACCGUUUCCUCCUCUACACCAUGGACAGCUACUGGCACAGCCGAUGCCUCAAGUGCUCCUGCUGCCAGGCCCAGCUGGGCGAAAUCGGCACGUCGUGCUACACAAAAAGCGGCAUGAUCCUCUGUAGAAACGACUAUAUCAGAUUAUUUGGAAACAGUGGAGCUUGCAGCGCUUGUGGUCAGUCCAUUCCAGCCAGUGAACUGGUGAUGAGGGCACAGGGCAACGUGUACCACCUCAAGUGUUUCACAUGUUCCACCUGCCGGAAUCGGCUCGUCCCCGGGGAUCGGUUCCACUACAUCAACGGCAGCCUGUUCUGCGAACACGACAGACCCACAGCACUCAUCAACGGCCAUUUGAGUUCGCUGCAGACGAACCCACUACUGCCCGACCAGAAGGUGUGUUAGGCGGGAGCCGUGCAGGAAGCAGGAUGUGUGCCUUCAUUUUAGCCCUUACUCAUUGUCACCCGAGACAGCGUGGAUCAGCAGCACCCCAGCCUUUUAGCUGUGCCCCCAGGCCCUUUGCCCCCCCAAAGGAAUCCUCGACCCAUCUAACCAGUUACCUGACUUUUAUUUCCGCAACCCCCAUCCCCAACGCUCAGCCUUCACCCUCGGCUUUUCCCCAAAUACGGUCGGAUACUUGCACUUAAUGCACCUGAAUCAGGACGCUGAGGACUCCACGACCUUGGAAUUAAAAAACAAAAAAAGGGGAACCGAUCAGAAGGGGACUCUUCAGGAAGAGAAAAUUAAAGAGGAUGUUGUGACUGAAGUGAAAGGAAGAGACAAAGACUAAAAGAGAUGCAGACUUUUCAACUCUGCAUAUUUGUUUAAAAGACAUUUUGGGGGAAAACCUGGGAUCUUUUUUUUCAUUUUUCCUCUCUUCCUUUUCUAUCCUCAUUUCCCCAACAACAUGGUGUUUCCACUUUAUAUAUUUUAAGUGUUGUCAAAGGGGAAUGUGUUUUUUUUUUUUUUUCUUUGGUGGUAUAUAUAGAAAAAAGAUGGGGUUUUAAAAAAAAAAAAAAAAAAAUCUGUGGCUUUUUGUGGAAAACAAAUCAUGAACACUCUUGGUGUAUUUGUAAAACUACCAUGUAUGUACAGUAUGCAUGUAAAUGUCGUUGUCCAGGCGUGGCUACAGUACAUCUGACCCUCCGCACUCCAGCCCUCCCUCCUCCCCUCCAAACCUCAACCCACGGCAAAACGGAAGAAAUUUGCUCAUAGUCAGUAAUGUAGAGAUCAUCACCAACAUAUAAAUGCUGAAUGAAAGAGAAAUUUAUUUGUGAUAUUUUCCGAGACAUUUGCUCCAGUAUGGUGUAUUUAAUUAAUAAAAAUAUUGAAGAUUUAAAA